AUGGACGGGCCAGCCAUGCUCCAGAGGAGUCUUGGCCUCCAGGCUGACCGGUAUAGCCGGUAUAUUGGUCCCACGACAAGUUUUGAGCUUUUGUUGAUGAAACCAUCCACCAUUGACCUCCAAGACGAGAGCCUCCUGCCGAGAGGCAUCCUACGGCAGGUCGGUGAUCGCGAUACCUUUUUGACCCUGCCAGACCACGGCACGGCAGGAUUCGGUCAUAUUCUUCGGGACGCGGACGCGGUCGAGGAUGUCGUCGGCCCUUACGGGCGCAAUCUUAUUGACCUAUACUUUGAGAUUGUUCAUCCUGCAUUCCCAAUCAUGGAGAAGCAAAUCUUCCUUGAGAAAUAUGACCGUUCCCACAGGGAAUGUUCGCCCCCCCUCCUCGCCGCCGUAUACAUCCUGGCCAUUGGCUGGUGGGAGCACGACGGCGACCUGCUCCACGUGCCUCGACCAGACGUGGAAGAACUCGAAAGAUUGGCUCGGCGGACGUUCGAGGAUGCCGUAACGAGGCCUCGCCUGUCCACUGUCCAAGCCGGACUCCUCCUGUCACAGCGUCCGGAGGGGGGUGAAUGGCCGCCUACGGCCCAACUGAUCGCCGUCGGACAAGAGCUCGGUCUGCACCUGGACUGCUCCGGUUGGAAGAUUCCGCAGUGGGAAAGGGGGUUGAGAAGCAGACUAGCCUGGGCGUUGUACAUGCAGGACAAAUGGGGUGCCCUGGUCCAUGGCCGACCUUCACACAUAUCCGCGUCCGACUGGGAUGUUCGAGCGUUGACCCUGAAUGACUUCGCCGCCGUCGAAUGGGACGAAGGCGACGUGGUCGAGAGGCAAGACGUUGAGCAAGGCCGCUUGCUGUUCGUGCAUGCGGUGCAACUAUCCGAGAUACUGACCGAGAUACUCGAGACAUUCUUCACUCUGCGAUCGGCAAAUGCCAUUUCCGAAGCGGGACUCCAGAGUGCACAGCUCGUCUUGUCCAUGGCCAAGCCUGUCCAGCUGAAACUGCGGGACUGGUACAGAGGGCUUCCCGUCGAGCUCCGGCUGCCAUCCGCUUCGAGCGGCUAUUCACCCCCGCCGACACCCACGAGCGGCCUUUCCAGCGUUGGUUACCUCCACCUGGCUUACUUUGCGACGGAGAUGACUCUUCAUCGGCAAAUUAUCCGGUCCCUGGCGUCCAAUGCCUCGACGGCGGAGCCCCAUGUGCACCAAAUAUGUCGCAAUGCCGCCAGAGCACGGCUUAUCUCUGCCAUGGAAUUUGUCAACCGUUUGACCCCUAGCCACCUGCAAUCAUUCUGGUAUUUUGCGUCCAAGACGAAUUUUGCCCUCGUGGCCACUUUUGGUUCCCUACUCCUCGCCACGUCCUCAGGCCGUGAAGAGGCUGACUGGUAUCGCCGCCGGCUGCGCGAAUAUCGCUGGACGCUCUCCGUCAGCGCCAAGUCUAGGGGGAGCACGGCGUUGACCGAAUUUGCCAUGACAACGCUGGACAUUUUCAAGGAGCAGCUAAAACAGCUGCCGGAAAAGCCCUCGAUGAGCUGGCGUGUCGGUUCCGGCGGACAUGUCAGCACCUCAGGGGACCUCUGA